UAUAAAGGAGCAUCUAGUAAAUUCUGGGAGCGAACGCAAUGUGUUCCUGCAGCUGAAUGGUAUGUGUCCCUUAGGCUUAUGUGGUUACACAUACAGCUCACUUCCAUUCAAAAGUCCAGCUAUACUACCCUCUACUCUAAAAGAGCAUGGCUAGGCAUCAGGAUCUACUAUAGAACAUUGACUGAGGAAGCCCAUGCCAUCCGAGCAGACCUGUUGCUGUUGUUUGCUCACACUGGAAUGACAUGACCAGAGAACAAAGUUCGCUUCUGCGUUAUCGCCGGGACGUGCGCAGCAGGAGCAGGUACCCAUUCCCCACAAGAGGCCGUUCUUGGAGGACAUCUCCGCACGCCUUAGCCAGGUUUGUCGUAUACGCGCAAAAAAAAGUCUUCAAGAAUGGCGGAAAUCGCAGAGGAAAAUAUUUAUGAAAAAAUCGACGAGGGAAACGUAUACGAAAAGCCGUCUGACGAGCUGGUGAACCCUGCUGUGGUUAUGUAUGAGAAUCAAGAUGAGUUUAACGACACUUCAGUUAAAGAAGCGUUUUACAGUGAAAUUGAAGAUUACGCAACUAUUAAUAAAGCCGACAGAGCAUCUCCGGACUACAUGAACACUACACACGGGGUAGAGGGCUGUUCCUUCAGCGGCGCUCCUGCCGAAAUCAACGGCGAUGUAGCCUCCUCCGGACGGUCAUCCUCAUCUUCCUCCCUGCGGUAUGACGACCCUUGCGAUGGCCCGGCGUUGCCAGUGCGCGGAGACGUCGCCGAGGACGGCAUGAUUAUGGCCUACACGCUGGAAGCAAGCACACCUGCUGAGCCAGAAGAAGUAGUUGACUACAGCCUCAAAACGGUGGAAAACAGUGUGGUUGAAGAGAAAGUGGCCGACCCCACUCAAGAUGAGAUUUCUCUCUUUGUCAAGGCCGGCUGUGAUGGCGAGAGCAUCGGGAACUGUCCGUUCUCUCAGCGCCUCUUCAUGAUACUCUGGCUCAAAGGCGUUGUCUUCAACGUCACUACCGUGGACCUGAAGAGGAAGCCAGCUGACUUGCAUAAUCUGGCACCGGGAACCCAUCCUCCUUUCCUUACCUUCAAUGGUGAGGUCAAGACAGACAUUAAUAAGAUUGAGGAGUUCCUAGAGGAAGCGUUGGCACCACCAAAAUACCCCAAACUGGCAGCCAGGCACAGGGAGUCCAACACAGCAGGGAUUGACAUAUUUGCAAAGUUCUCAGCUUACAUCAAAAACACCAGGCCAGAUGCCAAUAGAGGGUUGGAGAACAACCUGACGAAGGCCCUGUGGAAGUUGGAUGAGUACCUGAACAGCCCUCUGCCUGAUGAGAUAGAUGCAGACAGCAUGGAGGAAGAAAAGAACUCCAUCCGCAAGUUCCUGGAUGGGAACGAGCUCACACUGGCAGACUGCAAUCUGCUGCCAAAACUCCACAUCGUCAAGGUCGUCGCCAAGAAGUAUCGCAACUUUGACAUCCCCUCAGACAUGAAGGCAGUGUGGCGCUACUUAAACAGUGCAUACACGCGAGACGAGUUCACCAACACCUGCGCCGCCGACAAAGAGAUUGAGCUGGCCUAUCAGGAUGUGGCUAAGAGGCUGACCAAGUAAAGCCUGUGACACAACUAUCAGAGGAAUAAGACUUUACCGACACAGGCCCAAAUGGAUCUGAAGCGGUGCGCUAGGAUUUAUGCUAUAUAAAUAGUUUGGCUCGGCUUGGCUUGGACCACUUUGAUCACCAGAAUUCCUCUCUGAUCGCUGGUCCCACAAAAGAAAGAAAUUGGAUGGUGCCAUUCUGGGUCAGGGAAGUCUCGUUCCCCUGCAAUGGUUGUGUCUACACUAUCGUCCACCUUGGCUAGAUGCAUUUUUUUACUGAUGAGUUGUUUUUCCUCUAUUUAUUUCCGUCAUUAAUAUCACUAGAUUCUCUAUCUACACUAGUUAAUGUCAUAUAAUUUAAGGAUGUUGCCUUUUGCAUUCAAAUUAUAACAUAAUUUUCAUAUAAGCUUGAUUGCUUAAAACAGUAUCCACUGAUUAGUUUGAAUAUAAAAUAGUAUUGUACUGAUGAUUUUCAGGACUCUUGAAUGGUUUUGCUGAGCAUAAUGAUGUAUAUUAGUGCUUAAUUUGUGUCUUAAUGACAAUUCAUGCUUUAUGCAAACAGAAAGGAACAAUUGUGAGCAGCAGGGUAAAAUGAACGAAGAACAAAAACCUCAAGCACUGAACAAAUCAAAUUUUCACUGGGCUGUUUCUGAACUCAAGCUGUUUAAAUGUUAUUCUUUUAAACAUUCAAAGCAGUUUGUCUCCAGUCAACUUCUUUAUGAAAGUAAACAGAUUAUUCAAGACACAUGCCUUCAUUUAGAGGUUCCCACCCAAAAUAUUAAACAUAAAGCAUUCCAUAUACAGUAUAUUUUCAUUUUGCUUCAAGUAGCUUUCACCCCUCUUCUUUCAGCUGUUCCGACAAAACGCAUUUUAUCACACUGGCUUUUAACUUAUCUCUUCAUCAGCAGAUAUAUCUCCCCAAAAGAUUUAGUCCUGACCUAAAUUAUGUCUGAUUAAAUUGAGUGGUGCAGCAAAGAAGAUUGAUGACCCCCAGUAGUGCUCUUAAGCAGAGGAAGGUGAUGUGGCUGGGCUCCUCUCCAGGGCUCUUCCUCUGCUCUGGGCAGUGCUGGAACAGCACACUCCACCACAGCAUCGCUCCUCACACAACUCACCUCCCUUGUGUGGCUUGGACUAACGUUUGAUAUGAAACGAGAGUAAGGCGCCAGAGGCCCAUCCUGCACCAACCUCUACGAUUAAAAUAAUAUUUUCACAAUUCUACUUGCAUUAUUUCAUUUUCCCU